AAAAAAUCACCAAUCCAAUCUUCAUGGAGCAACGGCUUUACUUUUGAUCAAGAAAGACAAUAAUGUACAGUGUAGUCUACAUUUGAUAUGUGUUAUUUUUAACAAGUCAGUCUGCUCUGCUCAUCUAACCCGUUGCCAAAAAUUACACAAGUUAUUCAACAUUUGAUACUUUUUAGAAAAAACCAGUUCAGCAUGACUUGCAUUUUAAAUCGUGAGUUAAAAUGAGUAAGUGAACAUACGAAUGACACAACUUGUUCCUAGCCCCACAAGUUAUUCAACAUUUGAUACUUUUUAGAAAAAACCAGUUCAGCAUGACUUGCAUUUUAAAUCGUGAGUUGUGUUUUAAAUGAGGAGCUAAUUUUGGCUGUUUUAUAUUGUAAUAUUGAUAAGCAUGAAGCUAUUUUACCUAUGCAGCACACACAGAGACGGUUUAUGUUGUAUUUUAGUACUAAGUCACAUCAUUCACACACACUUAUAUAGUAAAUUAACAAAUGUUUUAUGUAUUCACAGCUUGCUACAUAGGAGUGAACCGUGUAAAGUCUGUGUAGAACAAAUCUUCUGCGUCGCAUAUGUUUUGAUAAUCAAACGCGAAAGUAUAUUUUCUGCUAUCUCGUUAUCAAAACUUGAAAUUUUAGAGAUUGGUAUUUACCAGUUGGUUUUUGAUAUAAAUUUGAGUUACACGUGCGCCUCAUCUCAGUUGUAAAUAGAAUUUCGAGCAAAAAACAUUGUUGUGAAGUUUGGAGAAACUAUUUUUCUACCAAUAAUGGCGUUAAUAAGUGAUAGUCUGAAGUUUGAUAUGUUAGUGAUUUCAGUUGGAGCAGCUACCCUACUCUAUUUAUUCUUCAAACGAACGUAUUCGUACUGGGAGCGCAAAGGAUUCAAAUCAGCUCCAAAUAUUAAUUAUAUAUUUGGCAAUUUCAAGCGAUCGUUUUUGGCGAAAGAAAAUUUCGCUGAAACUAUUGACACACUCUACCGAAGUACAAAUGAGCCAUUUAUUGGCAUCUACACGAUACUUCGCCCAGUGUUGCUACUCAGAGAUCCCGAACUAAUACGUUCGGUUUUGGUUAAAGAUUUUUCACAUUUCACCGAUCGCGGCAUUCAUUGCAACGAAGAUUACGAUCCAUUGUCGGCGAAUUUACUGGCAUUACCCGGGCAGAGAUGGAAAAGUAUGCGUGGAAAGCUUACGCCAACAUUUACUUCAGGCAAACUAAAAGCAAUGUUUUCGACACUAGUUAAUUGUGGUGCGACGCUACAGAACUAUUUGGCGAAACUAGCCGAUAAAAAUGAGUUUCUUGAUGUGCGUGAAAUUUCGGCCAGCCACGCAACAAAUGUGAUAGCUUCGGUAGCAUUCGGUAUCGAUGUUGAUUCAAUAAAUAAUCCGAACAACGAGUUCCGAGUUUGCGGCCGUAAAAUAUUCGAAUUAAGUCUAUCAAAUGCUAUUCGCACCCUAAUGACAUUUACAGCGCCAAAAUUAUUAGGAUUACUACGCAUCAAAUCCAUUCAAUCCGACGUUGAGUCGUUUAUUAAUUCCGUUGUAAAGCAAACUCUGGUGUAUCGAGAGACAAAUAACGUUUCGCGAAAAGAUUUCUUUCAACUUCUCAUUCAGCUCCGAAAUACUGGAACUGUUCAAUUGGACGAUCAAUGGGAUACAGUGAUUAAAGCAGAUGAAAAUCAAAAGACGAUGACUUUCAAUGAAAUUGCAGCACAAACGUUUGUCUUCUUCGCGGCUGGUUUCGAAACUUCUUCGACCACUUUAACUUUUUGUAUGUACGAAUUAGCGAGAAAUCCAGACAUUCAAGAGAAGGUGCAUGACGAAAUCAUCAGCGUUAUUGAACGACACGGAGGAGAAAUCACGUAUGAAUGUGUCUCGGAGAUGAAAUAUUUGGAAAAAUGUAUCGAUGAAACACUACGGUUGUACGCAGUUGCCUCUUUCUUGACCAGGUCAUGCGUUAAAGAAUAUCACAUUCCUGGUACAAAUCAAGUGAUUGAGAAAGGUGUUGAAGUAUUCGUUCCUGUGUUCAGUUUGCACCGAGAUGAAAAAUAUUACGAGACCCCACUCGAAUUCAAUCCGGAUCGAUUCAAUGAGACGAAUUCUGAAGGCAAAAAUCAAAUAAAUAAGCCCUAUAUACCAUUUGGGGACGGACCAAGGAAUUGCAUUGGUAUGAGGUUGGGCAAAAUGCAAACCAAGGUUGGAUUGGUGAUGUUGCUGCAGAAAUUCAAGUUCGAAUUGGAAGAUAACCGCAAGAAUCGUGAAUUGGUCAUCGAUCCAAAGUCAUUCUUGCUUUCACCACAUGGAGGAUUGAUGCUCAAAGUUUCCAAACGAUUUCUGGAAAUGAGUUUAAUUACUGCCAGUUUGAUUGGCGAUGCAGUGUUGGUUUUUACAGCUGCAAUCAGCUCAUUUUACUUGUAUCUCCUGCGAAAUUAUUCGUACUGGGACCGCAAAGGUUUCAAAACACUUCCUGGUUUCAUUUAUGUGUUUGGACACAUGAAAUCCACUUUUUCAGGGAAAGAUUCCAUAGCGAGUUUGAUUAAAAAACUUUACAGUGCUACAAAUGAACCAUUCAUUGGAAUUUAUACCCUACUACGUCCAGUGCUUUUAAUUCGCGAUCCAGAACUUAUUCGAACGAUUUUUAUCAAAGAUUUUAACUAUUUCACGGAUCGUGGUUUACACUCAAAUGAAGAGUAUGAUCCAUUGUCCGGCCAUUUAUUGGUCUUAUCGGGUGAGAAAUGGAAAAACUUACGUGCUAAACUAACACCAACGUUCACCACUGGCAAAUUAAAGGCGAUGUUUUCGACACUUGUUGACUGUGGCGAGAGUCUACAAAAUCAUUUAGAAAAAGUGGCAAACAAUGGUGAAUUACUUGAUGUGCGCGAAACUUCGGCCAGCUACUCAACGAAUGUUAUUGCCUCCGUUGCAUUCGGAAUUGACGUUGAUGCUAUCAGAGAUCCAAAUAACCAGUUUCGAGUCUAUGGCCGCAAAAUAUUUGCGACAAACGUUUCAAGUACAAUUCGACGCCUUUUGGCCGUAGUGGCACCGAAAUUAAUGGAAGUUUUGCGCAUCAAAACAUUAAGUACGGAUAUUCAGAACUUUUUCACUUCGUUGGUGAAAAAAAAUCUAGAGCUACGUGAACAAAAUAAUAUUGUUCGCAAGGAUUUCUUUCAACUCCUCAUUCAGUUGCGUAAUACUGGAACAGUCCAUUCGGAUGACCAAUGGGAAACGGUAAUUAAAACAGAUGAGAAUCAAAAGCAAAUGACUAUCAACGAAAUCGCCGCACAGUCACUCGUAUUUUUUGGCGCUGGAUUCGAAACAUCAUCGACCACUUUAUCAUAUUGUUUGUAUGAGUUGGCAAAAAAGCCCGAAAUUCAGCAGCGAGUACAUGAGGAAAUCGAUCAAGUUUUAGAGAAGCAUGAUGGUCAGAUUUCCUACGAGUCCAUAUCUGAGAUGAAGUUUUUGGAAAAUUGUAUUGAAGAAACGCUACGAAAAUAUCCACCAGUUCCGAUUCUUCCGAGACUUUGUGGACAAAACUACCAAAUACCUGGUACAAAUCAAGUCAUUGAAAAAGGUACCCAGGUGAUGAUUCCCGUUUUCGCACUUCAUAGAGACAAUCAGUAUUACGAAGAUCCGGAAAAGUUCAUGCCCGAGCGUUUCAAUGAAGAAAAUUCGGCCGGCAAAAAUAUAUUGAAUAGGCCGUACAUUCCAUUUGGUGUAGGUCCAAGGAAUUGCAUAGGAAUUAGGAUGGGAAAGAUGCAAACCAAAGUCGGACUCGUAUUGAUGCUACAAAAAAUCAGAUUCGAAUCGGAAGAUAAGCAGAGGAACAAUGAAUUGGCUUUCUCGUCAAAAACUUUUAUUCUCACUCCAACUGGUGAAAUUAAUCUUAAAAUAUACAAACGUUGAAUAUUGUCACUAUGCAAUUCAUUGAAUUCCUAUUCGUAGGGGAAAAAAUCAAAUCAGUUAAUUUCAUUCAAAGUAUACAAAUAAAUUCAACACAGAUUCAGAUGUUUGAAGGCUGCUUGUAAAUUAAA